CUGUUGUGGGGAAUCGCCCCACCUUCCCUCGGGGAAACUGAGGCCCGGCUGGCCCGGCCCCGUCUCAGCCUGGGCUUGGGGUCCGAGCUGGAGGCCGGUUCUCGGGGGCCGCUCAGUGGCGUGGGUGCUACGGGACCGACCAGGGCCUUCGCCCGACUUGGCCGCUCCCUCCCGGGGUGUCGGGGCCCAGGCCUGCCCGGCCUGCCGUCUAUGAACGACCCCAAUGUGGCGAGGAUCUACCACGCCCUCUCCCAGAAGGAGGCCAAGGAGCUGGAUGUCCAGCGCCCCGGAGCCCAGCGCGCCGAGGCCUUCCUGCAGGCCUUCCUGCGGCGCUGCACGCCGCACAUGAGCCCGCGCGCCCGCGAGGACCAGCUGCAGCGCAAGGCCGUGGUGCUGGACUACUGCGCCCGCCCGAGGCGGCGGGAGCCGAGGCGGCGGCCCCGGGGCCUGUCCGCGCGGCAGAGGAGGGCGCUGCGCCUCUUCGACAUUAAGCCGGAGCAGCAGAGAUACCACCUCUUCCUGCCCCUGCACGAGCUCUGGAAACAGUACAUCCGGGACCUGUGCAGCGGCCUCAGGCCGGACACGCAGCCCCAGGCGAUCCAGGCCAAGCUGCUGAAGGCAGAUCUCCAUGGCGCCAUUGUUUCCGUCACCAAGUCCAAGUGCCCCUCCUACGUGGGGGUCACGGGGAUCCUCCUGCAGGAAACCAAGCACGUCUUCAAGGUCCUCACGGAGGGAGACCGCCUGAAAGUGAUCCCCAAGCUGGGCUGCGUGUUCUCUGUGGAAACCGACGGCUUCAUCUCCUACAUUCACGGGAGCAAAUUCCAGCUUCGGUCGAGCGAGCGGUCCGCCAAGAAGUUCAAAGCGAAGGGAACCAUGGACCUGUGAGCGCCGCGCCCACGGGUCUCGGCUGAGGGGAACGCGGCCCCGGCCCCGGCCCCGGGGAGACCACCCCCGUCGGUAGGACGCCUGAAGAAACGCCUGGCGCCCGGGAGCAGGUGCACCCUCCGGGGGCCUGCGUGUCCCUCCCUCCGAGGAGAGCGGGGCGGGAGACACCCAGU